AUGCAUCUUAUUACCAUGUUCCUUGCUUUGGCUCCAGUUCUGGCUGUGCCUUUCAAUGCUGGCGGCAACGGUGGCAGCAACGGUGGACCCGUUUGCAAUGCAGGCCUGCUCUAUACCCAAGCACAGUGUUGCAAGACUGGUGUACUUAACCUGGCGGACCUUGACUGCAAGUCCUCGCCUCGAUCCUACAACGGCCUGGACGAUUUCAAGGCUGGUUGUGCCUCUGAUGGCCGAGCUGCUAAAUGCUGUUCUAUCCCCGUCGCCGGUCUCGGGUUGGUUUGUAAUGACGUGGCCUGA